UUAUUUAAAGUCUCCCUCGUGUGCAUCCGGUUUCCGGCGGAAGCGGAAGUCAGGAGAAAGACGCGGGAAUAUUACGGCUGGCGAGAAGAGAGACGGAGAGAGAUGCCCCGCUACAAUACCAGGAAUUCCGGAUCCACGAUUGUGGAUUCCGGAUCCAAGAUUCGGAGUUCUGGAUCCACGAUUCCAGAUUCCGGUCCCAAAACUCGGAGUUCCGGAUCAAAAAUUCCAGAUUCCGGAUCCAGUAUUCUGGAUUCCGGAGGGAGCAGGAAGCGUCGCGCAGCAGAGGAUCAUGGGAGGCGGCUGGGUCAUGUGACCCCCGUGAUGACAUCACCGGAUACCAAAUGCACUUUGGUUCCUCGAGUCUCCAUCUCGGACAUCCUCUCACUAAUCCUGUCGGACGAAACAGAUGAUGGUGAUGAUGAUGGCACCCAUCAGCAGUACUCCGUAAAUCUCACCCCAACCUCAAGGAAGAGACUCGGCAAUCAGCAGCAUCAGCAGCAGCAAUCGGACAUCCUGAGGCUCGCCCCAGUCAGCUCCCCGUUACGAGUCAAAACAACUACAUUUCAACCAUCACGACCACCACCAUCAUCACUGCCACCACUACCAUCAUCACCACCAUCACCACCACCACCAUCAUCAUCGACAUCACCACCACCGUCAUCACCACCACCGUCAUCACCACCAUCAUCACUAUCACCAUCGUCAUCAUCACCAUCGUCACCCCCAUCAUCAUCAUCGCUGUCAUCACCAUCAUCACCAUCAUCAUCGGCAUCAUCAUCUCCUGUCCCAGUUCGCCGUACCAAGAAAGUUUUACGCAAGCCUCAAACCAAGGCACAAAAAACCAAGACCACUCGAACACCUAAACUGCCUUCAAGGACCCAAGCGCUGAAGACAGAAACCGGGCCGUCCGUGUCUCUGCCGUGUCUCCCUUGCAGGGAGUCGGAGUUCCACGAGAUUUUGGAUUUUGUGGAGAGUAAACUGGACACUCUGAGUGGAGGGUGUAUGUUUAUCUCUGGCGUCCCGGGGACAGGAAAGACUGCCACCAUCCGAGCCGUGCUUUCCUACCUCGUGGACCAGGCGGGGCCCCGGGGAGACGAGGCGCUCACCGUUGUCUCCAUCAAUGCUAUGGAGCUCACGGAACCCAGACAAGUCUAUAGCAAGCUGCUGAAGGCGAUGAGCGGUGAGCGAGCCGCUCCGUCGCGUGCCGCCCAGAUUCUCAACGAGCUCUUCGCUCGACGCAGCAAGAGAUCCGUGCUGCUCAUCCUUGACGAGCUGGACCUGCUGGUGACAAGGAGGCAGGACCUGCUCUACUCACUCAGUGAUUGGGCUACCGGAGGCUCCUCUUGCCUCAUUCUCCUCGCCAUUGCCAACACCUUGGACUUGCCUGAGAGGGUGAUGCUCACCAGGGUGAGCAGCCGGCUGGGUUUGACCCGGAUGUGCUUCCAGCCCUACUCCUUCCAGCAGCUGCAGGAGAUCGCGAGGUCGCACCUCUCUGGGGUCGCGAGCUUCGAACCGGACGCCCUCCAGCUGGUGGCACGCAAGGUGGCUGCUCUGUCUGGUGAUGCCCGCAGGAUGCUGGACGUUUGUCGCCGGGCGGCCGAAAUCGCAGCUGCCGAGGUGAAGGCCUCCUCAUCCAUCUCCCCCACCUGCCCCACCUCCUCCUCUGCCAAUGGGAGGAGGGCCGCGGGGAGGUCACGUGACCCGGCGAGGGCGGCGGCUGUGGCAGCCAAUGGGAAGGAACCUCGCGUGGGCCUGAGGCAGGUUGGGGCGGCACUGGAGGAGACGUUCAGAUCACCCUGCGUGGCAGCCACUCGAGAGUGCUCCUCUCUGGACAAGUUCUUCCUGGAGGCCGUUUUGUCUGAAUUCUCUCGGACCGGGCUGGAGGAGACUUCCUUCGGACAGGUGUUUGUGUCCCUCCGCUCGCUGCUGCUGCUGUCGGGGCACCCCCCCUGCUCGGUGUCGGCAGCUCUCGGGAGCUGCUCACGGCUCCUCUCGGCGCGCCUCCUCCUCUCCUCCUCCACACCCGGCCUGCGCCGCAGGCUUCGCCUUAACGUGCCGCGCGCGGACCUCCUCUACGCCCUGCGCGGCGGAGACUCGGCGUGAACUCGCCAACAUGACCGCCGCCAGUGUGACCUUACCAAAGUGGCCGCCGCCGGUGUGACCUUACCAGCGUGGCCGCCGCCAGUGUGACCUUACCAGCGUGGCCACCAGUGUGACCUUACCAAAGUGGCCGCCGCCAGUGUGACCUUACCAAAGUGGCCGCCGCCAGUGUGACCUUACCAGCAUGGCCGCCGGUGUGACCUUACCAACGUGGCUGCCGGUGUGACCGUACCGUGGCCGCCAGUGUGCCCUUACCAACGUGGCUGCCAGUGUGACCGUAUAAGCGUGGCUGCCAGUGUGACUGUACCAAUGUGGCCGCCCUCUUGACUUUACCAACAUGGCCUCUGCCGGUGUGACCUCGCCAGCAUUGCCGCCAGUGUGACCUUACCAACAUGGUCAUAAUUUUACUAACAUGGUCAACAGUGAAUGUGUGACCUUACUAACAUGAACCCCAUAACCUUACCAGGCUAGCCACCGGUUUUACCUUAUGAAUAUGACCGUCAGUGGGAGGUUAUGGUGGUGGUGGUGGUGUGACCUUACCCACGUGGCUGCCAGUAGGGGGACUCCACCGGACCAUACCAACAUGGCCAUCAGUGUGACCACAGCAACAUGGCCACCAUAACCUUACCAACAUGGCCGCCAGCAUAACCUCACCAACAUGGCUGCCAGCAGGUUGUGGCUUGACCUCACCAACAUGGCUACCCAUGGGGUACCCCACCUCACAAGUAAACUAUUUUACUCUCAGUUCAAUAAAUACACUUUUACCCAAA